AUGAGCUCUCCUUAUAUCUGUAUAACAUGUCGACGAACAAUCAGUCAUUUACGUCGAAACAAACCCCUCCAAUGGCAAUCGAAAGCUACAUUUAACUCUCUAAUAGGUACCCCUCAAAGCUCCGCGAAUGAGCAGAGCCAUGAGGGAUCUACGAGGGGAUUUCAAGGCGGCGACAUUAGGCAUAGUCAAAAACCACGCCAAAGACCACCAGCCCCUCGCCAUGCUACCAAAAUGCCAGUAGAUGCAUUGGAGUCAAUGUUUGAGGAGACCCGCAAGAAACAAUCCAUUCACCAACCAGCUCGUAUAUCAGAGCUUUCCCGGCAGACGUCAUCUUCGAUGAAGUCUUACGAACAUGCGGGAGAAUUCAAGAAAAUGCUCCGGGAGGAAUGCCCUCUCGGCGACUGCUGGUCCUUUUUCGUGGAACAUUUUGGACCUUCCGCUUGGAAAAAUGGUUCCGUCAGUCGAACAUCAUGGCCUGAUUCUCUCAAAUCUGGAGUACCUGAGUUACUGAGACUUAUAGGAGAUAAGAGGAAGGAGCAGCCUCUUCGUGACGAUGUACCUACUUUUCCGGAAAUGAUAGUAGUCACAUUUGAGUUGGGAUUGCUGCGUGGUACCCAAUGGAUCAAAAUGAUAAUCAUAUUAAUCAAAAGCAUUUUGGAAGUCGAUGUGACAUCGGAAAAGGGUCAGUCAUUACUAUCUGAGCUUCUCACGAGCUGGAACAUCGUUUGUCGUCGGCGAGUUCGACGAGAUCGCAUGACAGAACACAAAUUACACAGGCCAGAAAUCAUUCCUUCUCUUUCUGACUGGUCAAAACUUCCUCAUCAUUCUGUGCACAGCAUUUAUGUGGAAAAGCGCGAAAAUGGAAUUCAAUAUGCAUUUAGUCUUCUUACUCCCCGAUUUCCACCAGGUCAGAUGUACCAGUUACCUACAGUCGCGUUCGGAACCCUAAACCUUCUCCUUAGACUUGAUAGGACUGGAAUUGGAGCGGAUACUGUGCAAGCUGUCCAGCCACUCAUGUUAAUGUUCUCGAGUAUGGUCAACGCAUGUACGAUGACUCUUAGUGAUGCCGCUGUGUUUUUUCGAGAUGUCCCUGAAUCCGUGGUCAAACUUGUCAGAGAUGACUGGCCCGCCAUAAAGGAAUUCACCGAGAAGGAGGAGGUCCCACAAAACUUUACAGCCACAGACACUGAGCGAUCGCAGCUUUUACACACGAGGGUUGGCAAUGCGUUUGCUAGGAGAGACUUGGAUUCACUGGACCGGCUAUGGUCACAGGCACAGAAGCUUCCAAUUCACGUCCCAACUGACAAACAUGGUUCCGUCUCUGGUUAUCGAUUUGGUUUUCUCACUCCUGCAUUCUACAACUAUUUCAUUUUUGUAUUCAUGGGCCUUAAACAGUACCCUCGAGCGAUUGAAGUUUGGAAUCAUAUGAUCAGAAACGAUUUGACUCCAGACAUUGGUUCCUGGGACGCCCUGUUGAAUGGCUGCAAGAUGAUCCGCGAUCCAAAAGCUCUCGAGCAAGUCUGGGCGAUGAUGAUCGUAUCUGGAGCAAAUCCCGAUGUUACCUGCUGGACCACUAGAAUCAGCGGGCUUAUUCACUGUUACAAGGCAAACGAUGGCAUCCGCGCAUUGGAUGAGAUGGGCCGUCUAUGGUUAGCGGCAAUAAGAAAAACCAAUCCCAACUUCAACAUAAAGAAUUAUAAAGAUGUAAAAGAUGUCACGGGAGCUGUGAGGCCUACUAUUGCAACUAUCAAUGCAGCGGUUUCUGGUCUCAUAAAGAUGCAAGAAUUAGGAGCAGCUAAUCGCAUCCUUGCCUGGGCAGAUCAAUGGGGCAUCAUCCCUGACGUUCAAACAUACAAUACCCUUCUACGGUCAAUCGUCCGUGCUGGCCAUGUAGAUAAAACUCCGGGCCUUCUGACUACCAUGGAAGAUCAGGGCGUUCAAGCAGAUGCCGCAACGUUCGUCACUAUUCUAGAUCAGACCUUCGCCAAUAUAGACACAAUGAGUCCCCAAGAACAAAUCGAGGCAGUCAAUCACACAUUUAUAGCCAUGCAAGAAAUGAAUAUAACGCCAAACAUGUUCCUAUAUGCAAAGGUUAUAGGCUUACUGUUGCAAGGGGUCCCCACUGAUACCAGUCCGGUCUCAGAGGUCAUGGAACGAAUGGCGCAACAAGGUCUCAAGCCCUCAACCUACAUCUACACCAUCCUCCUCGAAUACUACUUUGCGCAAACCCCGCCUAAUUUCGAAGCAGCAACCAUCCUCAUCGAACGCGCCCACCUGACCGUCGGCUCCGUGGACCACAUUUUCUGGGAUCGCCUCAUCGAAGGAUAUGCAAGAGCAGGCGAUACCGCGUCCGCCAUCAAUUAUCUGCGCAAGGUCCAGAAAUCAAAACAGUUUACGAGCUGGAAUACAAUGAGGGUUCUGUUAUUAGCCCUGAUUGAAAAUAAUGAGUGGGAUGUCGCAAAGGAGUUGGUCGAUAAUGCAAUUGUGGAUACCGGGGGGCCGAUCGGCGUGGAUGAUAAGGGCGUGGAGGGUCAACAUAAGUUUUGGGCGCUGGCGCAGGAGUUGGGGCUUUUGGGUUGA